GUGGUGUGUGCAACCCAAGAGGGGGCUUUAGGGGUUGCUUAUAUAGAAUUUGGGAAUUUUGAGAUUAGUUUACUGAACAUUUAUAAACAACCGGUAUCGAUACAUAACAUGUUCGGGCAUAACCUCUGGUGUCGAAUUCAAAGUAACGUCAAAUAAAUCAUACACUGCAUAGCAAUCCUAUUCCAGGGAAGGAAUGUUAAGAACAAGACGACAAAAAUGACUCACAGUGCAAUGUCUUUGAAGUCAUUAUUCUAUAUUCUAAGCAAACACGAUGCCAUCUCUUUGAUGGCUUCUCACACUUAUCAUCCGGAUUUCAAGAAAAAACAUUCAAUUCCUUUUUGACAUCAAUAGAGGGGCUUUGACAUGCCGACGCCGUUGCGAAAGGACGCCAAGCGUGCCAUCUUACUGGUGUCUAUUGUAUUCUCAAGUGCUGAAACAACAUCGUUUUCUCCCCGUCUGUAGUAAACCUUUGCUGCCCUAGACUUAAAACAACAACAGUGGUCAUUGGCACUGAUUGGUAACGGCUUAUUUACCAACGGCUUUGAGUCAAAUGACUAUAAAUAACGUUUCAACGAAUAUAGCUUAACAUCCCAAACCAUGGAGGAGACAACUAGCGUACGUGUUGGCACUCGUGUUCAGGCUCUUGACACCGAAUCCGGCAAGUGGAGAUCCGGGUGUGUAGUGGAUGUUGACCUAGUUUGGAGGAAAGUCAACGUCCAUUUCGACAACUUCCCCAAGAAAUGGAACACUUGGAUUUCCAUAGGUACGUUUCUGUUUUAUAAAUGUUUAUUCGCAUGUUUAUAAGACAAUAUACGUACAUUACACAGUGAUACGUUUGAAAUAGCUGCAGGAAACCGAAAACCAGACGGUAAAAUAUGAUAAUUUAACCUAUAAAUUUUAAAUGCCAUAAUAUCAACACAACAGUCGAUGCAGUAUGUACUUAUGAUGAUAUGGCUCACAUUCCCAGAUUGUUAUGAAUAUAUAUUACAUGAGAGACAUAACAUGUACAUGCUACACUAGGUCAGAUCCUUAGCUAACAAUCUGAUUCUAUAGUCUACACAUGUAGACAUUGGGGAGGCGUGGUAAAAGGUUUGCCAUCAGUACCACAGUACGUCUGGCGGUGUUUUUCACGGGUGUAUAAAAUCAAUAAUAAUGUGUAAUAAUGUGUAAAAGAAGGCCAUACAGGUGAUCAGUUAUGUCAUGACCACGACGAACCUGUAGAUGCGUGAAAACCCUAAACUAUUUAUACUUCAGAGAAUAUUGCUCUGUCAUUUUGGCAUUUGCGACAUACCAGACAAUGGGAUCACUAUAAUAUGAUAUGUCAAUUACAGGCAACAUGGAAGAUGAAGUUUCGUCAUUCCUUAGUCAGCUGGACGAUGACACUUUCAGUGCAGUGACUAUCCGGGGAAACCGAGAGAGCAGGAACUGUUUACCUGGACCCAGGCUGUUUAGCCCUACAGUCGAACAAAAACUUGCUGUGCUGCUCCUUGAAAUCUACGACCAGAACAACGUAUUGUCUCAAGGAGUUUUGAGCCGAUUGACUGCUGGAGAACAACAAAUGCAGGGCGAAUCACUCAUUAGAAUCAUGGAGAUUCUUGUUUGGGAUUUCCAUCUCUAUUGUUUAGAUAAAGGAUUCACAAGGACCAUCGUACCUGAACGGUUGGUUGAUCGUCGUCAACCAAAGGGAACACAGGCAUCCGAAGAAUCGCGUAAAUUGACUGGAGGGGAUUGCUUUUUUCAUCGUGUCAAUGGGAGGAUAUUCGAUGCAUCUGUGUACGUUAAUGACCCUUUCCUAGGAAUGAUCAUCACGUCAAACAAGCGAUGCAUUCCGUACGAGGACAUUGUCUUAACAGGUUACCAGCAAUCCAGACACACAGCUUCGUGUACACCAGAAGAGACAGGUUCAGAGGUUGAAAGCUUUCAACUGUACCUCAGUGAGAGCGGGAAUGAAAGUGAUACAGGCCGUGAUCCAACAUGGACACUUCCCCCCAAGUCUCCGCCAGAGGUUGUUGUACCUUCUACAAUGGGUACUCGCACGACCAGUAUAAGAAAGAGGAAACGAGAGGAUAUGCAGCAAGAGCAAGAGCGAACCAAGAAAAGGACAAAUCCUGCGAAGAAGUUCCUGAUUCUUGGAAGAGGACCGGCAUCAGGCAAGUCGACGAAUGCAUCGUCUCCUCCAACUUCCCCACUUGCAUCGCCUGAAACGACGCUGUGCACAACACGAUCACCACGCCAUGCAUCUACCUCAACAACAGGACUGUCUGACCCUUCCAGUGACGCAGAUAUCGUCACACUGAAACUUGAAGUCGCCAGCCUCAAAAAGGAAAUCAAGGAAUUGCGACUGUUGGUAGAGUCGAUGGUUUCUGACACCACGCCGCCUUCACCAAUAUCAGUCCUUCCAUUACCUGCCCUGUCUCCGUUAAACAAUGCAUUGUCGUCACCACCACUGUCAUCAUCUCCCCUCUCAACGACAUUCACUCUAAAGCCAUCCGCCACGUCCAUAACAUCAACGCACUCUAACAUCAUCACAGAAAGCAGAUUUUGGGAUCUGCGGGUAGCAGAUUUGCCAUGCAAAAUAUGCGAUAUCAACAUUAAAACCUCCCUGGACUCACGGAAUACUCAACAGGACGUAGUAGAAGAAGCAAGGCAGCGAGGUGGACGGAGCCGUAAGCAGCUGGCAAAAGAACUUUAUAAAACUGUUUUCACCCUGCGAGAAACGUAUAAAAGAAAUGUGUACGGGAUGAUAAAGUCAGGCCAGAACGUCACUGUCCAGCCAUUUGACAUCGCAAAGAUGGCCAUGAUAUUUGAUGUCGUAUUCAAUACCUUCCCACCCAAGGACAAAGCAAAGGAAAAACAAGAAUGUGUAGACGCCAUCAAUCAAGUAAACAGAUACGUGUGGGGUCGGCGAAUGAAAGGAAUUGAAAUUCCACCAAUGAUAUAAAUGAAAUGUAAUGUUACUUAUCCUAUGUAUCUGCUGUUAAUAAUUCACAACUUUAACUUUAUCUUCAACUUUAAAUAUUGUUCAAUUAGUAGCGUCACGUUGGUUUUCAAUGUCCAUUUCCACCUCUGUAGAGAUAUAUGCAAUUGCCUUUGAAUAUAUAUAUAUAUAGGAUGGCGGGACUUCGACUGUGCUAUUUUCCAUGCUAAAUAUAUUUAGUUACUCUCAAAUGCAAACCCAUCAAUGCUUUCAAGUAACAUGUCAAUACAAGUGUAUUUAGGUAAGUCAGUUAUUCCCAGUUUUCCCGUGUACAUAGAAUUCUUGUUAAAAUUAAUCCCUUGAAAUCAGUUUUAUUCGUCACUUCAUGUAAUAGUGUCUUUUGGCGGAAUCGUGUGCAAACAUCAACCAUGAUCGUCUCAAAACAACGCCCGGUAGUGAGCACAGUCCAUAAGAAAAUGAACUUUCAUUAACAGCCGAAAACGUCAUUGUCGCUUAUUUGUCGACCCCUAGUGGCUAAUGUGUACAUAAAAACUGACCUUUUUGUAUAUUAAAGUAUUUUGUAUCCUUAAGUUUUGUAUCGGCACAUGCGUGUCGCUAUACUAUUUUUUAUGUAUAGCUCUUAUUUUGAGCAUGAUAUACGAAAAUAUAAUGUUUGUCCGUCUGUUAAACUUGUUCGUUUUAUUUCCAUAUCCUAAUAACAGAAACUACAUUAAUAUAUUUGAUCCCUGAUAACUGGAAUUCUUUUCCACGGAAUAAAAAAACCGUGUGAUUGCUACACUGCGCCUCAUAUACAUGAACUAGCGUCCAUUGUAAUGUGUUAUUAUACGGUCCCAAGUAUUUUGUGUAAAAAGAAUAGACUUUAGUCUUGGCACAAUAAAGACAGAUGAUAUUCAUUAUGGUAAUCAACAUUUAAUAACAACCAAUACUUCUAUUGGUUAUUUGGUAUCAUAGUUGUUUAGACGCAUUCUUAAUUGCAUUCAUUAUUAAUUCCUAACGCAUUUUUACAGCUGGCACUUUGAAAAAUAAGGAAUACAAAAGUGCGUUCAAAACCCAGACGCAGCGCCAUCUACUUCUAACACCCUUGGUAGAACUGCGUCGAGACCACGGAUAAGUCUGCAGCAUGCUCCUGGAUCCAUCGUUGCCCAGAAUGCAUUAAUGCCAUUUAUAAGUUCAUCCUUUGUUCGCGGUUUCACCCGACGUCUAAUAUGCCAUUUCAACGAAGCCCAAGCUUUCUCGAUUGGGUUGAGAUCUGGAGAUUCUGGAGGCGUUGGCCAGUGGUGAAUCCCGUUUGAAGAUAGCCACUGUGUUGUACUCCUACUGGUAUGCUUGGGAUCGUUGUCCUGCAUUAGUCUAUGACCAUCUGGGUAUUUGUCCUGAAUGAAAGGCACUAAGAACUCCUUUAGAAUGUCUUGAUAAGCCUCGCUGUCCAUAGUCCCCGUGAAGAGACAAAUAUCUGUUGCGCCACAUCUUGAAAUCCCUGCCCAAACAUGUACUUGAUAUGGAUGUUUUGGGCGGCUUUUAAAUUUUGGUGGACUCCCUUUCUUCCGAAAACAUUUCUUUAGCGUUGACUCUAGCUUCACUGUGCACUCAUCCGUGAAUAUGACAUCAUCAAAUGUAUCAUUCGACGUCAUGACCUGCUCACAAAAGUGUUUUCGUUUCACCCGGUUCGGUUGGCGAAUGAGUUGACAGUAUCGAGUCUGUUUCUGAACCCAGCCGAGUCUGUUCCGUUCACGACAAAUUGUAACCGUUGAAACAGAUUUACCCUU